AUGGAAAGUCGAUCCGAUACCAAAGGAACGUCGCACAUAGCUGUUGCAGCAGCCGUUCCAGUAUUAUUCAUGACGCUGAUGAGGUGCGGCAUGGCGCAAACAAUAACGGAACCGUCUUCGGACAAAGUAACAAACCUCUGUACAGAGGCCAAGUAUACAGCCCAUCUGGCAGAUCACAUCGUAGCGGCGGCAGAAGAGCCGGAGCGCGAAAUAUCCGACAUGCAAAUUUAUGCAGAGGCAUGGAAUCUCCUUGCCGCCAGCACAAACCAAACAGACAAGCGUGCCGCGACAUAUGCCCUUGCUGCGUACAUGUCCGCCGCGGCGGCAAAAGCAAAGCAGCUGCAAAACGGGAAAUACAAAGCAGCAGUCUUGGCCGCUACCUACCUGCAAAGGAGAUCAGCGCUGACACGAACAUUGCAAGCUAUGCGUGUAAAAGGCAAGACGGCUGUGGGACAGUUCACUAAAAAGCAGGGCGAAGAGGCAUCAUGUUCACACAAGGAAACGCCGACUUUAAGCGACGAAGGGGAUUGCGGGCGACAGGAUAAUGCCAUCAACCAUCCUGAGUCAAUUGCCAUAGAUUUAAGGACAGCGACUCACAUCAAACUGGUACAUGGCAGUAAGCUAAGACCACUGGAGUUAACGCACGAAGCUGAUGUAAGAGAGACGACACCAUCGGAGCAAGCGCAAGUGAAAGCCACAGGUUGCAAGGCCGUGCUAAGAAGCGACUUCUAUGUUACAUUCAUAGCAUCAACUACAAAAAAGGAAGACAAAACUGGAGUAACAGCUAUUAAGAUAUUCGCGGGCGACGAUGCAAAUACAAGUUGUGCUGAGCUCAAAGACGCCACGAAGAAAUCAGAAAAGGAUAACGACCUACUGAUCAACAAAAUCUGCACCUACAUAACAAAACCCGAUCCGCAGAUUAUAACCAUAUCCAGUUUGACGCCAGCCAUGUUAGCAAACACAACGGCAGUCCAAGUGGCGUUCAGAAGCUUCGUUCAUGCAGCAACCGGUAAAGCGCCAAGCGACGCCGAGAUUGAAAUGCAACUUCAAAAACUUUACGGAGGGGACAAGCAACACUUCAAAAGAGACUUCGUGACAAUUCUGACAACAAAGAAUAUGACAUACCACACGGGCUCAGGAUUUGUAACUGAAACAUUCCUUGAUGCAGCUAAAAACAACCACGCCCACAAGGUGCUGAUCUAUCUAAAAGGUCAAAGAGCGGCAGCACAGGCAAAACAACCAAGGACAAACGAGAGUGAAAUCAACGGCCCGGUCUGCGGAGGUGAGGGCCAAGAGGAGUGCAAAUUGGAUGAAAAGAAAGACCCGGAGAAACCGAACGGAACUCAAAUGCGGAAAUGGCCUAAAGCACUCCAGUGGAUGAUCACACGACAAGGAGGAAAUUGCAAAACAAUACAGCAAGAAGAUUGUAAAGAAGACUGUACAUGGGAUGAGGGAGCUUGUGACGGCGCAGUUGGCAUUUCUGCUUCGAUGAAUAUUUCUCUGUUCAUGGCAUUUUUGCUUCUAGCAUAA